GUCAUUAAGCAAGCGUGCACAGAGCAAGAGAACGAGGGAGGAGGGAUGUCAUCGUCUCUGCUUCGCCGGCUUGCGCCACGUCUUUUGAGAUCGACCGAUCCAUCGUCAUCUACGCUCGCCAAUCCCGCUGUGCUCUUUCUGCAACCGACAUUAAGGGCCUUCUGUAGCGCCACCGCCACCUCCACCAUCCCGGAAGACUCUUCCGACGCUAUCCACCUUACAGACAACUGUGUUCGAAGAUUGAAAGAGCUGCAUGCCAAGGGCGAGCUAGUGGACGGUAAAAUGCUUCGUCUAAGUAUUGAGACUGGUGGGUGUUCGGGAUUUCAGUAUGUUUUCCUCCUUGAUGACAAGAAAAACCCUGAUGACAGAACUUUCGAGAAGGAUGGUAUGAAAUUGGUGGUCGAUAACAUCUCAUAUGACUUUGUUAAGGGUGCUACUGUUGACUAUGUAGAGGAGCUCAUCCGGUCUGCUUUCCUGGUGACGACAAACCCAAGUGCCGUUGGUGGCUGUAGUUGCAAAAGCUCAUUUAUGGUUAAGUAGCUAAAUCUUAAUUUAUGGAGUUAAGGAUUUGUUUGUGCGAUUUCUCUUCAUGCUGUUUCGAAGCCUUUAUGUGCCGAAGGGUUCCUUCUUAAUUGGGACUUGCAGCCUGUAUCGCCGGUGUUUAUCAUCCCCUUUUCUCAAUUGUAACUUUUAUAUUUGAGUGGUCAGGAAAACCACUGAUGUAUCUCACUUUGUAAAAUUCAGCAAAGUAAGCAUGCUUUUGAAUAAAAAAAUUACUUGUAUACGUAA